AUGACGGCUGUGCAAAGUUCCGCUAAGCUUUCUGAAGAAAACUUGAAGCAAGUGAGAGAGGAACGAGAUCGUGUGGUCGAUGAAUUGAGCAAGGCGAAGGGACAGCUGCGCGAAUUCGAGCAUGAUUUAUCAGAUGCUCUGGAGCGUUGUGAGGUCCUGACCGAAAAGUUCACGGCAGAAAAGAAGAAGCUCAAAGAUGAGUUGGAGAAUGCUAAGAAAUCUGAGGAAAAUUUGGUAAAGGAAUUGUGGAAGGCUGAAGAAGAACGCGCCGCUAAAAGUGCAAUUCAUGAUCAAGUGCAAGAGAAAAUGACGACGUUGUUCAAUGAGUCGCAAGCUCUGUCGCUGAAAUUGGUCGAAGUGAAAGCUCAAAACGAAGAGCUACUAAAGGGAAGGGAAUUGGCGGACGAGCAAAGCAAAAUGCUGCGAAAUGAAGCGCGAUUAGUCAGGGAUGAGCUAGUAGUUGCGUGUGGUCAGCGAGAUGAACUUCUCAGGAAAGUCUCCGAUUUGGAUGCGGCUAAUAAGGAACUACAUGAUCGUUUGCUUGCAUUGCGUCCAUUGAGGAACGUUGCUCCAGUCUUGAGGCCGUUCUAG